ACUUGAUGUGAUUUCUUAAAAAAAAAAAAAAACACCGUAUAAAAAAUUGUAAUAAGAAGAAUGACUUAACAGUAUUGAAAGGAGACAAAAAUCAGCAACAUGUUGCUCAAGACCAUUAGCCAAACAAUAUUAUUUACAAUAAAUAUAAAAAGAAAAAUAAUUGAAUAAAUAAAAUUAACAUCUGAAGAUCUUUGAACCAAAUGAGUGUGGAUCAACAAAAUCAACAACACCAACAGCAGCAGCAACAACAACAACAACAACAAUUAACGCCCAUUGAAUUAACAAUUAAAUCGAAUAAUAAUAAUAACAUUGCAACUGAUAGUGAGACAAAAGAUAUAAAAAAGGAAACGACAUCAUCCAAUACAACAGCAUUAGCAUUAGCGUCAGCAUCAGGAUCAGGACCAGCAACAGCGACAGCAACAGCAUUAACAGCAGCUGGGACAGGACCCGUCACAUUAGAAGGUGAUCAUCAAGUAGAGCAAAAAGAUGAGGGACAAAUUAACAAGCAAAAUGGUCAACAUGAUUACCUUAAUGCUGUAAAACAUAAUGGCGAUCAUUUUAUGAAAACUAUUGAAGAAAAUGCGAAAGAGGAAAAAAUUAAACAUGAAAGAAAUGAAGCAACUGAAGAUAUCCAUAAUGACGAUGAUGAUGAUGAUGAUGAUGACGAUGGUGAUGAUAAUGGUGAUGUUGCGACUGGAAAAAAAUUAACAAUAGUUGAUGAUCAAACCGAUAUAAAUGCUGCGUGCAUUAUAAAGACUCCAUUAAAUAAAACGUUAUUGAAAAAAUGUAAUGGCAACGGUACGGGAAAUGGUAAUGGAAGUGCACAAUCCCUAAAUUGUUGUGGCAAUCAUCACCACCACCACCAUCAUCAUCAUCAUCAUCAGCACUACCAGCAACAGCAACAGCAACAGCAACAACAACAACAACAACAACAAUUAACACAGCAAACAGUAGAUAAUUUUCCAGAAAAUUAUGACAAUUAUGAACAUGAAUUUGCUACGCCAACAACAACAACAACCACAACAACAACAACAACAACAACAAGCACCACAACACCAGCAACUACAUUAUCAUCAUCAUUAUCAAACGUAUCAUCAUCAUCACCAUCAACAUCACUAGCAACAUUGACGUCAUUAAAUGUUUCAACAACAUCGUCGUCAUCAUCAGCAUCCGGAACAUUGACAUCAUCUAAUAAAUGCCAAAAAUGUCAAAAUAACAACAACAACAUACACUUCAACAAUUUUAAUUGUUAUUAUCGUAAAAAAUUAACGCGUAUGCCAUCGUCAUUAUGUCGAAUUAUGACACUGAGCCGUGGCCCGUACAGCGAGCUCGAUAAAAUGAGCCUCUUUCAAGAUCUAAAACUGAAACGACGUAAAAUUGACUCAAGAUGCAGCAGUGAUGGUGAAUCUGUAGCCGAAACCUCCACUUCGUCACCCGAUCUCUUAGCACCGAUGUCACCGAAAAUGUGUGAUAGCGGUGGAGGUGGUAGUGCCGGUAGCGGUGGAGGACCCGGUAUUAGUAGCGGCGGAACUGUUGUAGCUGCUUCCCUGCCCAUGACUACUUUGGCGGCUACCUCUUCAGUUACCACCACAACUUCAACUGCUUGCUCGGGCGCCAUAUUACAAGAGAAAACGCAACAACAGGUAUCUGCUGAAGUGGUGGUGGCGACUGCUAAGGCGGUAGCGUUAGCGGUAGCAGCUAAAAGUGAACAAGCCCAACAACAGAAACAACAAGAACAGACUGAUUUUCAUACAUCGUGUGGUGCAGUGACGGCGACGGCAGCAGCAGCCUCCACAAUGAUGUCUCCUCCACCACCGGUACGAACUUCACCGGCCGUCAGUUCUGAUCUCGACACCAUGAGCACCAUGGAUCGAAGAACACCGAACAGCGCUAGGGCCACUCCUACGCCACCUCAUAACAACGGCAACGCCAGUAGCAGUAGUACUAGUAACGGGGGCGGCAGUAGCAGCAGUAGAGCCUCACCUGACUUUAUAGAUGAGAAAAUUGCCACAGCAUCCGCUUCUUCAGUAAUGCCCUCAAAUGGUUUACCUACAAAUGUUGGUAAUACUUCUGCAGUUUCAGCAUCAAGUAGUGGUGGUAGCAUGAGUGUGAUACGUUCGGUUAAGGAAGAACGAAUUUUGGCAUCUCCCACGCGUAUGCUGUCUUACCAACAGCAACAACAAAAUGCUACUGCUGUAGCUGCAACUAUGAAAGGGCCUACACAAUCGCAACAGCAUGUCACAGUGUUGGUGACGCCUUCCCGUAUUAAGUCUGAACCUGCCCAAGCGCCCCAUUCGCCAUAUUCCUCUGCCACAAGUGGAUCUGCCUCUGCUGCAACCAGAAACUCUCCAUCUCCUCUACCUGGUGUGUCCAGUAACCCUUCUACAACUCACAUGCACCAACCACCAGCUCCGCAACCUCAUCACACACCUGCAGCAGCUCCAGCACCGCCCAUUGUCACAACUCACCAUUUGCAUCAGCAGCUUACUCAACCUCAAAUGCGUAAAAGUAGUCCACCUACGGACUUACAGCUGCCACCACAACAUCACCAUCUUCUCAGUCAAUCCAUGCAACAACUAACGCAGCAACAACAAUUACAGUUGUUGCAGCAAGCGGCCGCUAUGUCACGACAGAAUAUGCCAGGUGCUCGAGAGUUGUCACCCAGCGCUUCCAUGUCACCAAGUUCAAGGCAUUCAUCGUCCCAAUCGCCGCAACAGCAGCAUUUAAUGCCGCAACAAAUGACGGGCGGUCACAACGUACGUAUUAAAAAAGAGCCCACAUCACUGCAAAAUCAUUCGGGAAAUUUUGGCCCUACUGUUAGUGCCGGUCAACGGCACCACUCUCCGCAUCACUUUAUGCAACAACAGCCAGCAACUUCUCCUCAACAAAGCUCUUCAGCACCAGCACCACCACCACAAUUACCUGCCCAGGCUUUAGGCAAUAUGGCCCAAGCUCUAAUGCAUCCCGCUUCCUUGCAAUCUUUGAGGCACCCGAACCGAGAUGCAGCAAUUUUAUUUCGUGUAAAAAACGAGGUGCAACAGCAGGUUGCUGCAGCAGCAGCCGCGGCAGCAGGCUUACCACAACUGAUGCAACCGGGGGCAGCCGCUGUUGCAGCUGCUGCAGCUCAACGCAUGGUGUGGGUAUCUAAUGCUCGUAUAAAUGGGGUGAAACCUGAAGUUAUUGGUGGUCCGUUGAGUAGCAUACGUCCAGGAGGACCAGGACAAUCUCCGUCGCCACAUCAUUCCUCUUCCUCAACUUCAUCCUCUCAACUAUCACCGCAAACACCCUCGCAAACACCGCCCCGCGGUACACCCACUGUUAUUAUGGGAGAGAGUUGUGGUGUACGAACCAUGGUGUGGGGAUAUGAGCCUGCGCCACCUUGCUCCGGAUCAGCAGCAAGUCCAUCACCGAAUCCCCAUCAUCUCCAAACAAAUCAGCAAUCUAAUCAACACCAAACCCAUGGGCAAAGUGGGCCCGGAAAUGUUAGUAGCGGUGUUAUGGGUACUGGAAGUGCGGGAUCCAAUCCUUCACACCAUACAACGCAGUCAUCUCUAAAUCCGGGUUCGUCACCCUCAGCAGGAUCUCUUACGCCUACACACACUCCCGGGCCUUCUCCGCAAAAUAAUGAAGAAGCGGCACAGUUAUUGCUUUCGCUAGGUCAAACACGAAUACAAGACGUCCGCAAUCGACCACCGCAUACGUUUCGUACACCGCAUGCUCUGAAUAUGGAACGUCUCUGGGCUGGAGAUUAUUCACAACUGCCACCAGGACAGUUGCAUGCCUUGAAUUUGAGUGCUGCCCAACAGCCUUGGGGAUCGUCAGCAGGUGGAUCAAAUACCACAGGUUUGUCGCGAGGUCUUGACGUUUCUCACGAUCCUACAGAUGAAGAUGAUCAACCGUUAGUAUGCAUGAUAUGCGAGGAUAAAGCUACCGGUUUACAUUACGGCAUCAUAACAUGUGAAGGUUGUAAAGGAUUCUUCAAGAGGACCGUGCAAAAUCGACGCGUCUACACAUGUGUAGCAGAUGGGACGUGUGAAAUAACCAAAGCUCAACGUAACCGUUGUCAGUAUUGUCGUUUCAAAAAAUGUAUUGAACAAGGGAUGGUACUGCAAGCGGUGCGUGAAGAUCGAAUGCCUGGAGGUCGAAAUAGCGGCGCCGUCUAUAAUCUUUAUAAGGUCAAGUAUAAAAAGCAUAAGAAGAACAAACAACAACAGCAACAGCAGCAGCAACAACAACAACAGCAAAUGCAUAACCCUCAUCAUCAGCAUCAACAAACGUGUCACAGCCACACAGGACAACUUUCACCCCAUCACCACCAAACACAUAUUUUUACACCGCAACAACAACAACAAUUGCAACAGCAACAAUUUGCGGCUGCUGUUGCUGCUGCCGCCCAUCAACAGCAAAGUAAACUGUUGGGUGAAAUGAAACCCAUGUUUCUCAGUAAAGAGCAGCAACAAAGCAUGCAUUCGCCUCACCACCAUCAGCAAACAAGUUCUACACUGGGACCACCACCAGCAAGUGCACCAGCACAUCACGCUUUUGCAGCAGCUGCGGCCGUUGGAAGUGGUGGCUUACACAGUCCACUCUCAGCCUCCUCGUCUCCACAUACUAACCAACCCCUUCACCAUGCAGCGCCACCCCAACCGCCUCCACAACAACACGUGCCUCGUCCACAAGGUUCGCCAGGAGCAACGCAAAGGCCGAGCACGCCUUUAGAGACUGCCAUUAAGUUACCCUCGCACCUAGUUAACGGUACCAUACUGAAGACUGCCCUGACUAAUCCUAGCGAAAUUGUGCACCUGAGACAUCGUCUAGAUUCGGCGGUAAGCUCUUCGAAGGAUCGAAUUAUCACAUAUGAUCACGCGAUCGCCAUGAUACAAACUUUAAUAGACUGUGACGCCAUGGAGGAUAUAGCCACAUUGCCACAUUUUUCGGAGUUUCUUGAAGACAAAUCUGAAAUCAGUGAGAAACUGUGCAAUAUUGGCGACUCCAUCGUCCAUAAAUUGGUUUCGUGGACCAAGAAGUUGCCUUUCUAUUUAGAAAUACCCGUAGAAAUACAUACAAAACUUUUGACAGACAAAUGGCAUGAGAUACUGAUACUGACGACCGCAGCCUACCAAGCUUUACACGGUAAACGUCAUAGUGGAACAGCGGCAACGAAUACAACGACAGCGACUUCUAGUGGUGGCACUUCAGCGGCCGGCAGUUGUAAUACAUCGUCCAAUUCCUCGACGACCUCCUCAUCCUCUAGUUCUUCCUCACCUACGCAACAUAAUAAUCACACAUCAUCAACGUCGCCACUACACCCACACCAGCAGCAGCAACAUCAUUCACAUCAUGUUCAGCAGCACCAUGCGCAAGGCCAACCACAUCACCAGUUACAACAACAACAACUAUUACAGCAACAGCAUCAACUUCACCACUCCCAGCAUCACCACUUGACGGUGCACAAAGAUGAUCCAGAAUUUGUAAGUGAAGUGAAUGCGCACCUCACCACUUUACAGACCUGUCUUACCACCUUGAUGGGUCAACCAAUAGCAAUGGAACAACUGAAAUUAGACGUCGGACACAUGGUGGAUAAAAUGACGCAAAUCACCAUCAUGUUUCGCCGGAUUAAAUUGAAAAUGGAAGAAUAUGUAUGCCUAAAAGUCUAUAUUUUACUUAAUAAAGAAGCGGAACUCGAAAACAUCCAAGAACGUUACAUACAAGUGUUGCGCACUUAUUUGCAACAUACUUUAGCUACAACCCAAAAUCCACAAGCCCGCCUUAAUGAAUUACUUUCCCAUAUACCAGAGAUUCAGGCUGCUGCUAGUCUUUUGUUGGAAAGUAAAAUGUUUUACGUUCCCUUCGUUUUGAAUUCGGCCAGUAUAAGGUAGCAAAUGCUUCAACGUGGUCUU